UAAAAUUGUAGCUCUACUAUUUUGAUUGUUAAUCUAACCGAAAAGAGAGUUUAUGCGAUAAGAAUAACGGCACUUUUGAUGCUUUGCUUCUUCUUUUCUUCUUUCAUAUUCAUUUGCAAACUUUUCAUGGACGUUGUUAUUUGCGUAGGUGCAGUGAAGUGAAAUUAAAUUAAUUAAUAUAUUAAAAUUAAGUGUUGAUGAAUCUUAACAAUAGUGAAUUGUUUUCGCUAAAUAUUUUGCGUGCUGUGGAGGCGGAUGAUAUGGAUAAUCCUGAUCCAGAAGACACGGAAUUUUGUAAAUUGAUUUUGGAGUGGGGAUUUUCACAUAAAAUCGCUGAAUUUAAAGCGCAAGCAAUAACCUUGAAAAAUUUGCAAUAUCUGACGGAGUCUGACCUUGCUGAUUUGUUUAAAAACGACACCAUUGGUGCUAGAGCGGAAUUCCGCCAUCAACUCAUAACUUGGAGGAAAACAAACGGGUAUGGUAGCGUGUCGACGUGCGAUACAGCGUCCGCCAAUUCUGGUUUUGUUGACUUUGUGCAGCAGUGGCGACAGCGGAUCAACAAUGGCAUCGAAUCUCCUUCAUGCUCACAAACAUCCAGUUCAUCUUCACAUGACUUCGAUUUGCAGCAAGUGUUAAGUGCCCAUCCAACUGGCGAGUAUGUUCUGCGACUGGACAAACUAGAUGACGCUGGGAGGAAGAUCUUAAUUGAUGCCACUGUUUCGUGGUUUAUUAAAAGAAAAAUCAAAAUAUGCCGAAAUACAUUCCAAUCUAUUGCGCAAGAUAUUGCAAACAGGUUUAAAGAUGACAAGUCGAUUUACUACCACAAAGAUCCUAUUACCUUGAGACCAGCAGGCCGCUUGUACGAUAAAUAUUACAACACAUUGAAGAGAUUGAGGAAAUCCGGUGAAUUAGUGGACCCAGAAAGUUCAACUCCUGAGGCAUCACCGACAGAAGAAUAUACAUUUACUUUCGAGGAUGAAAAAUCUGCCUAUGACUGGCUCAAACUUUUUGAUUCGCCGUGGAGCACAGUUGAAGCAAAUUGGAAAAAAACCUUCAAAAUCAGACGACAAGAAAUUUUGAACUCAAGUGGUAGCACAUCAGCGAAAACUUUACGGGCCUGGAAACUUUUUUCCCAUUCAUGUGGAUACAAUCUGAUUGAUAUUGACUUCAAUGCUCUACAUCAGAAUUGCUCACAGCUAACAGAGAAAUGGCAAGGUUUUAGAACAAAAAUUAUACCAAUUUUGAAUAAGAGGGUAAAGGAUAUUCAAAAUCUUCAGCACUUGAAAAAAGUUAAUGAGAUUGAUAAAGGUUCAGAUCAACUUAUAGCAUUGUUACUGCACGUUGUACUACGACCUAAUAUAAAGCGGAAGGCAGGUGACAAAACGAUUUUUAGAAGUACUAUCAAAGAUUCUCAGCUCUCGUUUUUACUACAAGUUAGUACUGUGAACGAUGUCGAAAAUAAAUUGGAUAAUCUGAAAAAAUCACUCUAUGCACGCGGUGAGACAUUGCAACCACUAAUUAUCGCAAUUGGCAGUGAUUUAAGUAAUUGCAAAUUUUAUGUUUACUAUGACGACAUUAAGUAUGAGCUUCCUUCAUUUUUAAGCGCUUUAGACAUAUGUUUUAAGACUUUCCAUGUAUUACAUUUAAAAUAUCCACAGGAUAGCAUUGAGUUUUGGACGUUUGUCCAAAGAUAUUUUUAUUCCAUUGAAUUGACUGAAGAUAAAACUUCUCCAAAUGUCCUUUGUUUGCUGAGGGACUUAAUUUAAUUUAUUAAGUAUAGAUACGUAGUCACAUAAAUCUUAACACCUUCAAUAUUCAAUAAUUAUUAUUAAAUAUUA